AUGGUUUCUUUGCUACUGCAAUGGCGACCAACACUUGCAAGCGACCUUGAUAGCAACAAGAGCAGCCCAUUACAUUUUGCUGCAUCCAGUGGUGACUGUUCUAUAAUCGAAGACAUCUUAAAACAUGCACCACCCAGCACCGCAUACAUGCAGGACAGCCAAGGCCUCUCGGCUCUUCAUGUUGCUGCCUUGAUGGGCCAUUUACCUGCAGUCCGUUUGUUAUUACAAUACCACCCUGCGUCUUCAGACAUUCGUGACAACCAUGGCAGAAAUUUUCUACACGCUGCAGCCAUGAGAGGCCACCACUCCAUUAUAUCUUAUGUCAUAAAAAACCAAAUGCUGGAAUAUCUUUUGAAUGAGCAAGACCAGGAAGGGAAUACAACAUUACAUUUAGCUUUGCAGGCAGGGGAAUACAGAGUGGUUUCUAAGCUUUUAUCCAGUGGAAAAAUGCAGGUUCACAUCAUGAACAAUGACGGCCACACCCCAUCUGAUCUGAUAGAAAACUCAAGGGGUUUCUACUUAAUGGCAAGGCUAGUGGUAACGCUGUUUGUCUAUGGAGCACAGUUCAAGCCACAAAGGCAAGACCAUGUAAACAAAUGGAACGGACAGGACAUCAUGAAAUGGCGAGAAGCUACAUCGAAAAACCUCGCAAUUGUUUCCACCCUUGUGGCGACAGUCGCCUUCUCAGCAGCAUUCAACGUGCCUGGUUCAUAUGGAUCAGACGGAAAGGCAAAUCUGAACGGGAAUCACACUUACAGUGCGUUCCUAGUGCUGGACACCAUUGCCAUGACCACAUCUGUAAUGGCGACGAUAUUACUUGUUUAUGGGGGUGCUUCACGGUCUCAUCGUUCUUGGCAGGGCUUCAUUAUGUCCAUGGACUUCCUUUGGCUGUCACUCAUCUGCAUGAUGCUAGCCUUUUUUGAGGCCAUAUCAGCUGUGACAAGCAGUGAUAGGAAAGCUAUGAAGUCUCUUCUAUAUCAGCUGAUCUACGCUGGGGUGUAUGUCCUGAUAAGUCUUCUUACAAAACUUGCAAUGCCUGGAUCGUCUGUAGGAGUUUUGCAGUUUGUGGUAGGUGGUUUCUCGAAACAACAAAGGUGUCUCAAGAAGCGCAUCAGUCAGCAGUAUCCCUUUGGCGUUAUCUAUGCCUUCCACAUGUUUAUGUUCAUAUUUGCAAAUACUGUAGCAAUUGCUGCAAUGGUCGUCUCAAGUAUUUUUCUUUGA